ACAAUUUCGGGAUUGCUAAUGGUUAUGGAGGUUCUGUAAUGAGUGAUCAUAAUGGAAGCAAAUAAUUAGAAAGAAGUAGGAGGAGAACCAUGAGGUCUCGGUUCAAUACUACCGAAGACGAAAACAUUAGGUGAUUUCUUCCGAUCCACCCAAGCCUUGGUGGGUAGAGCCGUAGAGCUACCUGGUACCAGUGAUUUCUUCCAAGAGUUGCAGUUUACACCUCACAGGAUAAUAUGGAAGGAACACAAAGAUGUGUAUUUUCCAGUGAAGUCUGCAUACAAGAUCUUGUCUCAGGAAAGUCAACAACAACAAAUAUGGCCAUGCAAAAGGAUAUGAGGAAAAAAAAAGCACCUUACAAGGUUGAAUGCUUCUUUUGGUUAGUGGCUAGAGAGGCUUGCUUGACCCAACACAGUUUACAAUGAAGGGGAUUGAUAAUUUGCAACAGUCCUAUCAGUGUUGUAUGAUGCCACCUAAGCGCAAAAAACAUGGUUGUGAAAGUUUACCUACCAAUCUCCCUGAGAAUGUUAUCAAUGCCAUUCUGAUGUGUUUGCCUUUGCGUGAUGCUGUGAGGACAAGCAUCUUAUCGAAGAAAUGGAGGUAUAAGUGGUGCAGACUUCCACAGUUGACACUUGAUGAUAAAAUUUGGAAGACGACAAAUAACUUGCUAUCCCCUUCUAUUAAGUUUACAAACAUUAUGUACAACAUUUUGACCCUUCAUUCAGGACCGAUUACUAAGUUUACCCUUUCCAUGUCUGAACUGAAAAAGUAUCCUAAGAUUGACAGCUUGAUAUAUUUGCUCUCUAGGAACGGCAUUGAACAUCUUGUUGUUCAAUUUUCAGAGUGGAACCUAUACAAAUUGCCUUCGUCAUUUUUCACUUGUUCCCAGUUGAGGCAUUUGACCCUCCAGAAUUGUCUAAUAUGUCCUCCACCGGCCUUCAAAGGAUUCGAUAUGUUAAUUAGCCUGGAACUGUGUCAUGUCUCAGUUUCUUCCAUAUCACUGGAAAGUUUAAUCUCUUCUAGCCCGUACCUUGAGAAUUUAGUGUUGAAAAUCUCAGAUACUUUAAGCCACAUUCAAAUUAAAGCCCCCUUGUUGAAAUCUUUCGGUUUCACAGGCUGUACAAAAUUUAUUUCCUUAAAAAAUGUUCCUCAUCUUACUAAACUCUCUCUUAUGUAUGGUGAAUCUUAUGAAGAUUCAGAAAAAUGUGAUCUUGACAAAUUUCUUCGGUCAUUUCCUGUUCUUGAGCAUCUGCACUUGGAAUAUGGAAGUUCCCAGUUCUUGGUUGCUGAUGUACCAAAACGGCUUUCCUCUGCUCUUGACCAUCUCAAACAUCUUUACGUAUCUGUGGAUGAAUUAGAUGAUAUUUCCUGUGCUCUUUGCUUGAUACGAAGUGCCCCAUAUUUACAAACUCUCGAAGUGAAGGUAUCUAUGGAUGAAUCGGAUAAUGAAGUUGAUGAGGUUUCUGCAUUUUGGAUAAGUGUCUUACUUAUUCCAUGAUUGUCUUAAUGAUUGAACCAAAGCCCUGGGUUUCAUCUCUU